UUCUCAAUAUGAAUCGAGCUUUUAGCAGGAAGAAAGACAAAUCAUGGAUGCAUACUCCAGAGGCUUUAUCAAAACACUAUAUCCCUUAUAAUGCAAAGGUGGUGAGAUAGAGUGACACCUUAUAAGCAUGAUCUUUCACGAGCAACAUCCUACUUCAACAGAUGCUAGUCCAUUCUUAGCAUCUGAUGGUCAGCUACCACCUAUGAACAUUUGUGACUUUCUGAAUGAGUUUCUUGGCAGUACAGAAGUGGAGCAGCCCAAAGGUACAGAGGUUGUGAGAGAUGCCGUAAGAAAACUGAAGUUUGCAAGACAUAUCAAGAAAUCUGAAGGCCAGAAAACCCCAAAAGUUGAGUUACAAAUCUCAAUUUAUGGUGUAAAAAUUCUAGAUCCAAAAACAAAGGAAGUCCAGCACAAUUGCCAGCUCCACCGGAUAUCAUUUUGUGCUGAUGAUAAAACUGACAAGAGGAUAUUUACUUUCAUAUGCAAAGAUUCUGAGUCAAAUAAGCACUUGUGUUAUGUAUUUGACAGUGAAAAGUGUGCUGAAGAAAUAACUUUAACAAUUGGUCAAGCAUUUGACCUGGCUUACAGGAAAUUUCUGGAAUCUGGUGGAAAAGAUGUCGAAACAAGAAAACAGAUUGCAGGGUUACAGAAAAGAAUUCAAGAGCUAGAAACAGAAAACACAGAAUUGAAAAAUAAGGUACAAGAUUUGGAGAAUCAGUUAAGAAUAAAUCAAGUGCAUACGUCUCCACUGCUGCAUAUAAAGUCUGAUAAUGAUCAACAUAUGUUUCAAAGACCCUCCACCUUUUACUGGUGUAAUAAUGAGGAUUCAACUCCUUGUUUAGAUAUCUCUUCCAUUACACUCACUCCUAUGAGCUCUCCUGACUCCAGACUAUCAUCUGGGCUAUUAACACCACCACCUUCCAAAAGUGGUCUUCCAAAGCCAGCAGGCAGUGUGACACCUAAAUCACCCUCCACUGACAUCUUUGAUAUGGUUCCCUUUUCUCCCAUAUCCCCUCAGUCAUCAACACCUACUCGCAAUGGCACACAGCCUCCUCCAGUACCCAGUAGAUCUGCAGAGAUCAAAAGAGACCUUUUUGGAGCAGAACCAUUUGACCCCUUUAGCUGUGGAGCAGGAGAAUUCCCUCCAGACAUACAGUCAAAAUUAGAUGAGAUGCAGGAGGGGUUCAAAAUGGGACUAACUCUUGAAGGCACAGUAUUUUGUCUCGACCCUCUAGACAGCAGGUGCUGAUGCCAAGAACAGAAGUCUGAAAUUCUUAUAUGGUCCUUUUUUAAUUCAGAGCAUGUAAUGACAAAUAUUACCCAUGUGCCAAAAAUUGCUUUUCAACUCUUGUGAGGUUUGCUUAUGUAAAACUCCAACUUACUUUCAAGCUUUUCCUGUACAAAUGUAAAAAAAAAAAAAAUCACACUUGUAUAUGAAAUAUUAAUUAAAUUACAUUGUUGUAGUUCUUUCUAUCACAUUUUAGCAGAUAUUUGCUAUAUCUAAUGAUUUAAGUUGGAGGAAGUUCUUCUAAAACCUCUUGAAUACCUCUUUCCAUACAAUUGUUACAUAUUCUUUGAAAUGGUGACACUUUAAAACAAAUCCCCUUAAGCCACCAUUUAAAUUCAGUUCAAUAUGGUGAUUAUUAUACAGUAAUACUUUAAAUAGCGAAUAAAAAGUACAACAUACUGGAAGUUAGUUUGUACAUAACUGAUAAAUGUGGAUGCCAUGUAAUUAAUUCCAGUUACUGAACACAGUCACUGACUGUACUGUAUGGAUAAUCUUCUUGUUAACCUGUUUCAUUUGUCAGAUUUUUAGGUCUUACAUUCACAUCUUUAAAAAGUGAAAUAUAUCCAUCCAUUUGAUUACCAGUGAUAGCUAAUGUGUAAUGAAUGCAUUAAGGAGACCUAUUACAUAUUUUAUGAAAAGAAACACACUGCAUACCUUUCUGGUUAAAUAUUUUAUAGCUAAGCUAGUUGCAUAUACUGAAUACUAUUUGUAAUUUGGAAUUCAUUACAUGACAACUAUAUUUUGCUCUCUUAAAACUAAGGUAUUGAGCCUGCAAAAAUGCUCUUAGGCCAGAUACAGACAUUGGACUUUUAUCCAUAUAAGUGAUCAGAAACUGGUCUGUACCCAUAAGAGAACAGAAGUUCAGCACACACAGACUUAUUUAAAAAUGGCAGAACAUGGUCUAUG